GAACAGGUUGGUGUGUUAUCCAUCAGUUCUCUCAGUGUUGUUGUACACCCUGGAAAAAUGAUGAUGGCGGAGAUGAGGCGGCUGGUGUUCUCUGUCUUGGUCCUCCUGCUGCCAGCGUCCCUCGUCGUGGCGCAGGGCAACGCACUGAAUUUCAUGACGGGAGAAGACCGCCUGUUGUUCACGAGCAUCCGCGGGUCGCAGUCCCCCACCAUCCACAGUCGCAUUACACCGUCAAUUUCUCAGGCGACUGGGAGUUGCAACACUCCGGAGGGAGCGAAAGGCACAUGCAGUCUCGUGAGUCAGUGCCCAUCCUACAAGCCCCUGGUCGCUGACAUCUCCAAUCCGGACAUCUUGGCGUUCUUCAAGGAGCGGAUAUGCAGAUUCGAACCGACCUUCGUUCUUCUGUGUUGUCCUGACCAGGCAGGCCCCUCCACCCCUGCCCCCACAGGGUCUCAGGGACGCCCUAUAGUUAUCCCUAGCAACACGCAAGCUUCUUCGUCGUUGUUCCCAGUUCGAGUGCCAUUCCAAGGCGGACAGACCCCGAGUUCUCAAAGUCCCGGUUCGUCGCCGUCUCAGAGCCGACCGAACCGCCCCGGGCCGCCCAUUUUAGACACCCCACCUCCCCCGAGGCGUCCUGGACAGCCGGAUCUCAGUCUGCCUGGUCCAACCUCGCGGCCCCCUAGCAAUGGGGGCUUCGGUGGCCAGGGCGGGGCGAGUUUCCCUUCCUUGCAACCUCCUCGACCUCAGCGACCGAACUUUCCUUCUUUGCAACCUCCUCCAACUCAACCGAACUUCCCUUCCUCACAGCCUCAACCUGCUCAACCCCAGCAACCGACCUUUCCUUCCCAGCAACCCCCUCAACAGCCAAAUUUCCCUGCAUUGCAACCCCAGCAACCGACCUUUCCUUCCCAGCAACCCCCUCAACAGCCAAAUUUCCCUGAAUUGCAACCCCAGCAACCGACCGUCGCCCAGGACUCGGCUCCGGGGAAGGUCGACAUCCCUACAGAGGAGGAAUGUGGCUUCCUCUUCUCCAGCACGAGGAAUACGGUCGGGAGGGACGAGUCCAAGUGGAGGCCGUGGCUGGCGGCGCUCGGCCAGAAGAAGGGCAGCGCCUUCGAAACCACGUGCGGAGGCGCCCUCGUCACGCGCCGCCACGUGCUGAUCGCGGCCCACUGCAUGGCCUCGCCGCGCCUCCCCACGCCGACUCACGUGCGGCUGGGAAAUCCUCACUCGGCGGGAAACAGCGACGGGUCUCGGCCGGUGGAGCUGGCGAUAGCGCAGUUCGUGGACGCGGGCUACGACCUCAAGAAUCUGGCGAACGACAUCGGCGUCAUUACUCUCGAACGCGAGGCGCCGCUCAGCGACAUGAUCCGGCCCGUGUGUCUGCCGUUCAGGUUCAUGUUCGACGGAUUCCGGUACCAGGAAGUGGACGUCACCGGCUGGAGUCAGUCUGCCACGAGCCUUCGAAAAGCCGACGAACCAGCGCAGAUAGUGAUCUCCCGAGCCAGCGUGGUAGGCCUGGGAGUCUGCGAGAACACCUACCUGAAGGAGGUGGAGAGCCUGGCGCUGACCAACCAACAAAUGUGCGCUGUGGUGGGGGAGGAUCAGCCGUGUCUGAACGACAACGGCGCCCCCGUGACGUUCCUGGAUGACGUCACGACCAACAAGCACUUCCUGGUGGGUCUGACCUCCUUCGGCUACGGGUGCAAGCAGCCCUUCUCCCCGGGCGUGUACAUAAGGGUGGGCGCGUUCCUCGAGUGGAUUGAGAAGAAUAUAAAGUAAUUGGAUAAAGGAGGGAAUGGAGGGAAAUCGAAAGGAGAGAGAGAGAGAGAGAGGAGGGGGGAAAGGAAGGAGGAAAGCGAAGAAAGGGGAGAGGUGUAGUAGGAAGGGGGAAGGAGAAUCGAAAAGGGGGAGAAGGGUAUUACAGGAUGGUGGUGGGGGAAAGGAAGAAGGAAAAAAUCAAGGAAAGAAAGGGAAGAACGGAAGUUUAUAUAUAUAUAUAUAUAUAUAUAUAUAUAUAUAUAUAUAUAUAUAAACAAAAAACAAACACGGAAACGUACGAAUAAAGAAGGUACGAAACGCGGCCAGAAAAGGGAACGAGUAUUUAAUCGAGUAAUCCACUACGUAUUUGCGUCAGACGAGGAGCUGGUUAUACUCGAAACGUCAUUCAUCAUUCCUCUGUUAUCUUGGUUAUCUCUUGUUAUAUAAUAUUUAUAAACGUUAAACAGUUAUUUGGUACUCAUAGAAUAGGAAUAUAAAACAUAACAAGUAAUAAGAGAUAAACAAGUAACAUAUUUAUUGAUUUUUCCUUUUGUUUGUGUUAUUAAAGUAUAUAUGGCUGUCACAC